CAGCCUUCUUUCAUGCAGGGGUUGUUCUUGACUUAACAUCGAACACUGGAGAGAUUGCUGAGAGUUGUAUCUCUAUGGCUCUAUCUGAUUUUUAUGAAAUUAAUUCGAAUUAUACAACACGACUUGUGCUCCACACCAUGGAUUCCAAGAAUGAUGUUGUGGCUGCAACAUCCUCAGCCUUAUACUUGAUGAAACAUUUUGAGGCGCAAGCUAUUAUAGGGCCACAACAAUCAACUCAAGCUUCAUUUGUGAUUGAUCUUGGAGAAAAAUCUCAAGUGCCAGUUCUGUCUUUCUCUGCAACAAGUCCCUCUCUUUCUCCUCUUAAAAGUCCUUAUUUUGUAAGGACAACUAUUGAUGAUUCAACUCAAGUCAAAGCCAUUGCUGCCAUUAUCCAAAACUUUGAAUGGAAGGUAGUGGUUCUGAUAUAUGAAGAUACCGACUAUGGAAAUGGGGUUAUACCCUAUUUCAUUGAUGCCUUCCAGGAGAUUGACAUCCGUGUGCCAUAUAGAAGUGCCAUUCCUUUGGAUGCAACUGAUGAUCAAAUUUUAGAAGUUCUUCAUAAUUUGACAACCAUGCAAACUAGGGUUUUCAUUGUCCACAUGUCUUCUUCUUUAGGAUCUCGACUUUUUAUUAAUGCAGAAAAUGCAAGAAUGAUGAGUCAAGGUUUUGCUUGGAUUGUCACUGAUGGGUUAUCAAGUUUAUUGGCUCCCAUAGACUCCAAUGGUAUUGAUUCAAUGGAAGGUGUAUUGGGUGUAAGACCAUAUAUACCAAAGUCGAAAACGCUUGAAGAAUUUAAAGUCAGAUGGAAAAGAAGGUUCUACUCAAACAAAUCAUAUAGUGAAACAUCUGAUCCAACUCUCUAUGGGUUAUGGGCAUAUGAUACAGUUUGGGCACUAGCUAUGGCAGUGGAGCAAGUUGGAACCUUGAAUCCUCAGUUCUUGAGUGGGAACACCACCAACAAUUUAACUGAUAUAUCAAGCCUUGGAUACUCACCAAUUGGUCCCCAACUUCUCCAUACUAUCUUGAGCACUAGAUUUAAAGGCCUGAGUGGUGAUUUCCAUUUGGUUAAUGGACAGUUGGAAUCUUCUACUUUUCAAAUAUUCAAUGUGAUUAGGGAAGGGGAGAGAGUGAUUGGAUAUUGGACACCAACAAGAGGCAUUUCAAGGCAGUUAAACCCAACAAAUAAGUUCACAAAUUUGAAUUCUAUGAGUAGUCUCAAAUCUAUUUUAUGGCCAGGGGACUCAGCAAUUAUCCCAAUGGGUUGGGAUGUACUGAUAAAUGGUAAAGAGAUCUUACAAAUUUUGGUUCCAAGUAAAGAUGGUUUCAAACAAUUUGUGGACAUUGAAAGAGACCCCUUCACUAAAAAGCUAAUUAAUAUCACAGGGUUCUGUAUCGAAGUAUUUCGUAAUGUAACAAGUAGGCUACCCUUCGGUCUCCCCUAUGAAUAUAAAGCUUAUCCGCUCAAUGAUACAGCUCUUGGCGACUAUAAUCUGCUUAUUGAUGAAGUUUCCAAUAAGAGAUUCAAUGCAGCAGUGGGGGAUGUAUCAAUUUUGGCGAAUCGAUCUAAUUAUGUAGAUUUCACAAUGCCUUAUACAGAAUCUGGGGUGAUAAUGGUGGUGCCAAUGAAAGAUAAUUUGGAGAAAGAAUUCUGGAUGUUCCUAAAGCCUUUAAGCCCAGGUCUUUGGCUGGUGACUAGUGCAGGUUUCAUCUACAUAGGGGUCGUCGUGUGGAUUCUUGAACAACCUACAAAUACCGAGCUUGGGGUUUCACAUCGAGAACGACUUGAAACAAGCCUUUGGUACUCCUUUUUAACUCUCAUAUUUGCCCAACGAGAGAGGAUUGAGAAUAACUUAACAAGAGCUGUAUUGAUCACAUGGGUGUUCUUCGUGCUCAUCCUAACACAGAGUUACACAGCAAGCCUGUCAUCGACGUUAACAACACGACAGUUGCAGCCAACAAUCACAGAUGUUAGCGACAUAAAGAAUAAUGGAUAUUAUGUGGGAUACCAAGCUGGUUCAUUUGUGAGAGAAUUCCUGAGAGACCAUUUGCAUUUGGAUGAAUCCAAGUUCAGAAAUUAUAGCACUCCGGAGGAAUUUCAUUAUGCUUUAUCUACUGGAACUGAUCAUGGAGGAGUUGCUGCCAUUUUCGAUGAAAUUCCUUAUAUCCGAGUCUUUCUCAAAUUGUACUGUAAUAAAUACACCACGGCUGGACGCAUCUACUCAUCUGAAGGAUUUGGCUUUGUGGCAUGUACAAAUUACCAUGAUAUCUCUUGGUGGGAGGUACCGUGUAAGUCAAGUUAGACCCAUGGAAAGUCAACCUAGAGCACAAGGCACUGUUGAUGAAGAAGUUGGAUCCACAGAACUUCAACCUGUGGGUGCCGAGCACAAGGAAGAACCCAUUGUUGAAGGGGGCAUUGUUGAAGGAAGCAAUAUUAAAGAAGAAAUUGUUGAAGAAGGCAAUAUUGAAGGACUCUCAAGGCGGUUCUCAAGGAGAGGCAUGCGAAUUCACUAAACCAUGACCAAGGCCUUGCCUUGCCUGACAUUAUAACCAUAAAA